AUGACAGAACCUUCUUCGCAUAGCACAAGCCAUGUCCUGCCCGAGCCAACACGUAAUCUCACCGAGGAUGACGACGAGCCACCUAGUAGUGGGAAUAGCAGCAGUCCAAACGACGGGGAUGAAGUAACGGAACCGGGAGAUAAGGAACGAGGUGAAUGCGAGCCGGAUAGGAAUCCCGCCCCCUUGCAUUCUGCCUCCCUCCUCUCAGCCCUGCGCUACACGCCCUUGAACAUCCUCCUCCUUUGCAUUCCUGUCUCCUGGGCCCUGCAUUUCGCUGCCCAAUCCGCUACGCUCAUUUUCGUGUUCUCAGCGCUCGGGAUCAUACCCCUGGCUGCUCUCCUUGGGUAUGGCACGGAGCAAGCUGCGGCGAGGACAAGUGCGAGCAUAGGCGGUUUGAUCAAUGCGACUCUGGGGAACGUGGUGGAAAUGAUCAUUGGUGGGGUUGGGUUGCAGAAGUGCGACCUCGAGCUGGUGCAGAGCUCCCUAUUAGGUGGUUUGCUAAGUAAUCUCUUUCUCAUGCUGGGUAUGGCGUUCCUCGUAGGCCCGGCCGAACAAGAGUUCCACCCUGUGGUCGCGCAGGUCAACUCGAGUCUAAUGAUGGCCGCUGUGGCGGCAUUGGUAGUACCGACGAUCCUGAACGGAUAUCUCGAAGAGCGGCUCCCGCAAGGCGAGGAACUCGGAGUCCUGUUAGAACUGAGCAGGGUGAGCUCGGUCGUGUUGAUUUUGGUGUACUGCAUCUACUUGUACUUCCAGUUCUUCUCGCAUAAGCAUUAUUAUGUGGAUGGCAAACCUCACAGGAAGGAUUCCAACGCCGCCGAGCACACCACCGCCGUCGUCGUAGCGUGGAAAGGAAAACUCGAUCUGGCGAUGCACGUCGCGGUGGGGAGUUCAAUGCAGAUUGCGCUCGGAGUCAUCCCUGGGCUGGUGUUGGUGGCGUGGGCGAUGGGCAGGCCCCUUGGGAUGGUGUUUGAUCCGGUACAGACAGUGGUUCUGUUCUUUACAGUUUUGCUGGUCAAGUUUACGAUUGAGGAUGGGAGGAGUCAUUAUUUGAGCGGGGUGGUGCUCGUGGCGGUGUAUACGUUGGUGGCGGUUUGGUUUUGGGAUGUUCUGGAUGCAGGGGUCGUCGUGCAGGGUGUCGAGGUUGGGUGUGGGGCGUAGGUGCUGCAUGCAACUGAAACCUCUGUGGUUUUUUAUCAUUCCCUCCCCCCCGGCGUCUUCCUUCUCCUCUCGAUUUGCAUAUGCCGUUCUUUCUCUGCAUCGUUCGCUUAUUACUGAGUCUUUCUUGUGAUGUGAUGAUGUUCUUGUUUCCAAUCUUGAGAGUGUUUA